CGGCGGAGGAGGGCAAAGAGGCACAGAGCAGGGCUGUCCAGCAUUCUUUCGACCAGAUGGAUUAUCGUUACCCAGUGCAGAGAUCUGGACAGGACGGACACUUCGGAACGGUGACAGUAAGGGGGCGUUGCAUGUAUGGCUGAUGGACAGGUGUUUCGACUAAUUAAAGGACAAUGCUGGCACGGAACCGCUUCAUCCUGGUGCUGGUGGUGGGGGCACUGCUGACCGUGCUGAGUUUCAGUCUGCAGCAUUUGCACCUGAUUCAGACCAAUCCGAUGGCAGAGCAAAGGUCACAAGGUAAAAGCAGGAAGCGUGUGAAUCCAGUUCUCCAUACAGAUCCACCCGCCCCAGACCCCAUCCGAGACACCCACCAGUACUGCAAUUACCCAAAUCUCACUGAGCACGGUUGGGAGGGUCACAGUCCGCCUGACUACAAGCUGCUGUCGGUCCAGGUGAUGAUUCGCCAUGGUGACCGUUUCCCGCUGUACUCCAUCCCCAAAACCAAGAAGCCUGCCAUAGACUGCACCCUGUCAGACAAGAGAAAACCCACACAUCCCCUCUUGACCUCCUUCAUUAGUCACAUGGCACUGGGUGGGCGUGGCCACUGGGACACAUCACUUGGAUCUCUACCCCGAUUACCCAAUCACAGCAGUUGCGAGAUGGGCGAGCUUACCCAGACAGGUGUCAUACAGCACUUGAAAAAUGGCAAUCAUCUUCAUCAGGCCUACAUCAAGCGUCACAAUCUGCUGACUGCUGAUUGGUCUCCACGGCAGUUGUGGCUGGAGACUACAGGUAAAAGCCGCACCCUCCAGAGUGGAUUGGCUUUCCUGUUUGGUUUCGUGCCUCAUUUUGAUUGGUCGCGGCUGACGGUUAGGCAGCAGUGGAGUACGCUGUUCUGCGGUUCUUCCUGUGACUGUCCUGCGCGGAACCGGUUCUUGGACCAGGAGCAGCACAGGCAGUAUCGCCAGAGGACUGCAGACACGGAACUCGAACGCACAUACGUUGCCAUGGCGAGAACCCUGGGUGUUGCAACAAAGACUUUGAGGGCGGCCAAUCCGGUGGACGCACUGUUAUGUCACUUUUGCCAUGACCUUCCAUUUCCCUGCUCAAGCACACGGAAUAUAGCAAACGUUCCGGCCGAGGGGGCAUGUCUUACGCUACAGCACUUUGCAGUGAUUCGCCGGCAACAGAAAGAUGACGAACUGGAGCGACGGGAGGCAGGGCUUUACCGCCGUUACGCAGUUCUCGCAGCACAUCCGUACCUCAACCGUACCGCGGCACGCUUGGAGAAGAUCGCUAGAGGUAGCCAGACACACAAAGGCAAGGAAGAUGCGAUCUUUGCUUUAUCUUCUGCACAUGAUGUAACUAUGGCACCGUUGCUAAGCGCACUGGGUCUGGAAGGGGCGGGAUUUCCGAGAUUUGCCGCACGGCUGGUGUUCGAGCUGUGGAAUAGCCCGGAAGUAAAAGACAAAGGGAAAAAUGAGAAAAUGAGUGAUAGAAAAAGAGGAAAGGGGUUGGACAAAAUGUUUAUUCGUGUUCUCUAUAACGGAGAAGAUUUGACCUUUGACACUGCCUUCUGCCGCAAUCACAAUCGGCAUUCUGCUCAGCCACUGUGCCCUCUAGGUAAUUUCCUGUCUUUUGUGAGAAAGGAUAUGUUUUUUUUGGUUAAUGCUACAAGUUUUGAGCAGGCCUGCCACCAAACUGUACUGUAACAUGUGAAAUUGGGUGAGUGAGAGAGAUGCACAUUAAAGGAGAAUGAGUAAAACUUGAAGGGAUAUGGGUGAAUUUCUUGAAAACAUGCCUAGUUCACAUUUCACCCCAAAAUAAAUAAAUAAUAAUUACAAAAGAAACGAAAAUUAUAUAAAGCAUUAAAGGAAUAGUUAACCAAAAAAUAAAAAAUUAUCAUAAUUGACUCACUCUCAUGCCAUGCCAGAUGUGUAUGACUUUCUUCUGGAGAACAGACAAGAAGAUAUUUAGAAGAAUAUCUCAGCUCUGUAGGUCCAUACAAUGCAAGUGAAUGCUGGCCAGAACUAUGAAUGUCCAAAAAGCACGAUAUAGCAUUAUAAAAGUAAUCAAUACGACUCCAGUGGUUUAAUCCAUGCCUUCUGAAGCAAUAUGAUAGGUGUCCUUGAGAAACAGAUCAAUAUUUAAGUCCUUUUUUACUAUAAAUAUCCACUUUCACUUUCUUCUUUUGCUUUUUGGCGAUUCGCAUUCUUUAUGCAUAUCGCCACCUACUGGUUGGGGCUUGUCAAAGGUGGAGAUUUCUAGUAAAAUAACUUAAAUAUUGAUCCUUUCUCACCCACACCUAUCAUAUCGCUUCUGAAGACAUGGAUUAAACCACUGAAGUCUUAUAGAUUCCUUUUAUGCUGCCUUUAUGAGCUUUUUGGACCUUCAUUUGGAUCCUAUUCACUUGCAUUGUGAGGACCAACAGAGCUGAGAUGUUCUUCUAAAAUAUUCGUUUGUGUUCUGCAGAGGAAAGAAAGUCAUACACAUGGCAUGAUGGUGAGUAAAUGAUGAGAGCAUUUUCAUUUUUGGGUGAACUAUCCCUUUAAGUUGAAUGAAGCAUAUUUUUAUGACCAUAAGUUUAGGACCCAAUUCUCAUUAAAAUAGUGCAUCUAGAAACUUACUUUUGAGUAGUUCUUUUUUGUCACUUCCAUUAUUCUUUAUUAGGAGUAAAACAUUACUGUAAUACAAUGAUAAAAAAAAAAAAUUCAUUUCGACUUUUUGGAGAAAAAAAAAAUGAGGCAUUUAAAAUGGAAGUCAAUGGGGUCGAUUCGUAAACAUUAAAAUUCUCACUGUAUAUUAUUAGCCUCAAGAUGUAAACAGUAUGUGUUGACAUGAUUUUAGUGUGAUAAAAUCACUUUCAAACCUUUUCUGUGUUAAGUUAUCCAAUUUUACAACUUCGUAGCCAUGACGACGUAACACUAUAAACCUGUAAUCCCUGUAACUUUCACUAAAAUUACAAUUUAAACAACUUUACAACUCAAAUAAUACACAAGUUUUAACAAAAUAAUUAAUGUCAGUGCUUUUAUACACUUAUAAGCUUCACAUUUCUGCCUUUAAACCCACCAAAAAUUGGCCUCAUUCUUUUCCACUGUAAGUGCCUCACUGCAACCACAAUUUUGUCGUGAAAUAUGAGUCAGGCAUGUUUUUUUACAGGUUUCAUGACAAGGCGAGAGUGAAAUAUGUUGAGAGCGAGUGCUAAUUAUAUGAGUUUUUGUUUUAGUAUUAAGAGGGUGGACCAAAUAAUUAUUCCUGCACAAAAAAUUGUUUCGGUACACUUUACUAAUCACAUAGAAUCAACUGACAAAGUCAGAUCCUGAAAUUGUUUACAAUAAUCAUUGAGUAGAAUUGAGAUGUUAAGCUGUAGGCUUCGAUUGAAUGCACAUUUGGAUGAAGAUGGUGGUUUUAAUAAGGUGUGAUAUGACAUCAAGGACCCUUAAAAACCACCUGAAUCCAACACAAACACACAUUCACUUGUUGAAACACAUCUUGCCUUUAUUCUGAGUCAGUGUAAUCCAGAAAACUGCACUGUCACAAAGACAAUCCUAGUGGAUUCACUAGAUAUUGUAACAAUCCAUUUGUGUUGUGUUUUAGGGCACUUAGCCACUUUAUAGCAGAAUUCCUGCAGUUAUCAGGAAUAGGAUGUAUUUCCAUUGCUUGUCUCUUCCGUUACAUGUCCUAAACAAAAUUCCAUUCUGGACCAUUUGUGUUAAAGGGAUAGUUGACCCAAAAAUGUUGUUCAAAACCAUUUGACUCUGUGGAACACAAAAGGAGAUGUUACAGUACGCAGAAUGAGGGAUUCAGUCACCAUUCACUUUCAUUGUAUGAAAAAGAUGCAAUGAAAGUGAAUGGUGACUGAGAUUAACAUACUGCCGAUCAUCAUCUCUGUUUUCCAAGGAAGUAAAUGGGAAGGAUUAUGACUUGCAAAGGCCCCGGUGCCGUUUAUCUCCAAGGGGGUUCGUUUGCAUUGUUGAUGAGUAUUUGAGCGGGGGGAUCUCCAACUUUAAAGCCCAGGGCCCCCCCCAGGUAGUCAAGGGCCCCUGGGCACUGGCCCCAUUGGCCCGGCUGGCAAUCCAUCCCUGGGAUAGGACUACAUUACGGUGAGUAAAUGAUGACAGAAUGUAAAUUUUGGGGUCAACUAUCCCUAUAAGAUCUCAUUUGAAGAGUAUUUGACUGAAUUUCUUGUUGUCAUGUUUUGUUUCUCCCACAUUUUGUGUCGUCUUUUAGUUGUUUUCUUUCGUUUAUUAUUAAAGGGAAAAUAAAGGACAGAUGGUGUCUUUGUAUACUACAAAAAUGUAUUCUAACGAAAUGAUUUGGUAUCGUGAAUGAUGUUCUAAUGAUCAGUGUGUACUGCCACAUUCGAAACCUCGAAGCACAUUUUUCAAUAAAAACGUGAAACAUUU